UGUGUUUUUGCGCCGAACCGUCAUUUUCGUUGUCCUCGACUGCGAUGAACUCGCGUAUCCUCUCGGCCGUCCUCCGUGCACGUCCUGCUGCUGUCCGUCGUGUUGCAGCGCCGUCCCUUUCUGCCGUUCGUUACGCUUCUUCAGACGCUCACGGCCAGGAGAGCUUUGAAGCUUUCUCCCAACGCUAUGUUGCAUUUUUCGAGGGAGCACAAGAUCUCUUCGAGGUUCAGCGCGGUCUGAACAACUGCUUUGCAUAUGAUCUUGUUCCUUCACCCGGUGUUAUCGAGGCUGCUCUCCGUGCAGCACGGCGGGUGAAUGACUAUGCUACUGCAGUUCGUAUAUUCGAAGGUGUCAAGGAGAAGGUGGAAAACAAACAACAGUACCAGGCAUACCUGGACGAGCUGAAAUCUGUUAGAGAGGAGUUAGGCAUAGACACAAAAGAGGAGCUUUACUCUUCAUGAGAACUCAUCCUGGACAUAUUGUUCGUGUCUGUUCGGCGGAGAUUACUUGGCGGGUGUUGACCCACUCGCACACCAGUGUAUACUCAGGACUUGCCGUGGUUGCAUGCUUGCAUAGUAGCCCACGAACUUGCGGAACACGCUCAACUUACUCUUAUACUGGGUGCACCAAGUGAGUUAUUUGCACGGCAAUGGAAGUUAUUUGGUUUGUGUGAGCAGAUAACUGGAGUGUACGUCCGAUGAGUGACAGUGCGCCUUGGAAAUGGUGCUUUGGCUCUGUACUCAGUUUACGGCCAUUCCAGCUAGAUAAUGAGGACUAUAAAUCUUCAGCUUCGGAUGAUACUGAUGGACUCCGCGAUGGUGGCGGUGCUGGUAAC